CAACGUCAGUUAAAACAUGUAUAAUUAUCUCCUGUAAUCUUUGUGUAUGAACAAGUUGGCAAAAGGUUACACCCUUUUCAUGUUGGAGUUGCAUCUAGCCUUGGCUUUGUAUUAGGCAGAGUUUUGAGCAGAACCAAAAAUGAUGCUUCAACUGUGAGUACAGGGACAGUCACGGGCUGCUGCUCCAAUGAGUGGCUGGAGUCAGUGUGGCUCAGGUUUUUACUGCCUCUCCUCUCCUCGUGUGUGCUUGUAAUGGAUAACGGAUUUGUGUGUGUUUAUCUAGGAUUUCCAUACCUCACAGAAUCCUGUUUGUGCUACUACUACGGCUAAGGAGAAGCUUAAUGUCAACAGUAUGGGGCAUCAGGUGAUAAUAUUUGACUUUUCUCUCAUAAGAGGACUGUGGGAAACUCGAGUUAAGAAGAACAAAGAACGUCAGAGGAAAGAGAAAGAAAGAUUAGAAAAAAGCUCAUUAGAGAAGAUAAAGCAGGAAUGGAACUUCAUACUGGAGUGUCGGAAGAAAGGCAUUCCCCAAUCAAAAUACCUUAAGAAUGGCUUUGUAGACACUGAUGAGAAGAUCUUGGACACAUAUGGAAAGACCCCUCAGCUCCAGAAAAAGUGUGCACUGUCAGAUGAAGCAAAUAAGGACAGAAACAAGUUUAUUUUUCAGCUUUCUGGGCAACAGUGGAUGGAAUUUCCAGAAUCUCUGAAAGACCAGACCUUUCUGAAAGAAUGGCAUGUAAGCAAUACAUUGAUUCAAACCAUUCCAGACUACAUUGCUUUGUUUCAAGAUCUGAGAGUUCUGGAGCUGUCAAAAAACCAAAUCAACCAUCUCCCAGUGGAAAUUGGCUGCUUAAAAAAUCUCAGAGUGCUCAAUGUGAGUUUUAAUAACUUGAAGUCAGUCCCUCCGGAACUGGGUGACUGUGAGAAUCUGGAAAAACUGGAUUUGUCUGGAAACAUGGAAAUAAGAGAGCUCCCAUUUGAACUAAGUAACCUGAAACAAGUCACAGUUGUGGACGUGUCAGCAAACAAGUUCCCUUCUAUUCCAAUUUGUGUACUCCGGAUGUCUAAUUUGCAGUGGUUGGAUAUUAGCAGCAACAACCUGAGAGAUCUCCCAGAAGACAUAGACAGGUUAGAUCAACUGCAGACACUUCUCUUACAGAAAAACAAAUUGACUUAUCUUCCACGAGCUCUGGUUAAUAUGCCAAAACUCAGUUUGCUAGUUGUCAGUGGUGAUGACCUGGUUGAGAUACCCACAGCCAUCUGUGAGUCAACCACAGGUUUAAAAUUUAUAAGUCUCAAGGACAGCCCAGUUGAAACUAUUGUAUGUGAAGACACUGAAGAAAUUAUAGAAAGUGAACGUGAACGGGAGCAAUUUGAAAAAGAGUUUAUGAAAGCCUACAUUGAAGACCUAAAAGAAAGGGUAUUAGAUCUUUUGAAGGAAGAGAACAUGUAA